CUACUACUUCUUCUAGAUCUAAAGACUAAUAAUAUAAGUUUUAUUUUUUCUAGAUCUAAAGAACUAGUCUAAAUCUCCCACGUUUGAUUCGUUUCAAUUUCUACUUUCUUAUUCUUGACUUGAAAACACACCCAUAUAUAUAGAGAAACACUUUAUACCAUUUUCUCAUUCAACUCUUAAAUCAAGAAGAAAGAGCCAUACUUGUAAACACACAUACAAUACCUGCAACAUUUCUUUUUCCUAUUCAAAAUGAAGAAUAUUCAACGUCAGCUAUCUUCAUCUUUCAUGAAAUUCUUAGAAGACAAGAACAGAGACCUAGAGGCUGUGUUUGCUUACAUGGAUGCAAACAGAGAUGGUAGAAUCUCUGCUGAUGAGCUUAAGAAGAGUUUCAUGACAAUGGGAGAGCAAAUGUCUGAUGAAGAAGCCGAGGCUGCUGUUAAACUGUCUGAUAUAGACGGAGAUGGGAUGUUGGAUCUUCAUGAGUUUGCUCAGCUUAUCAAAGGGAACGACGAAUUCACAGAGGAAGAGAAGAAGAAGAAGAUACUGGAAGCUUUUAGAAUGUAUAUUGCUGAAGGGGAAGAUUGCAUUACCCCAGGAAGCUUGAAGAUGAUGCUGAUGAAGCUAGGUGAGUCGAGAACCACUGAUGAUUGCAGAGAUAUGAUUCAAGCUUUUGAUCUCAAUGCUGAUGGAGUUUUAAGCUUUGAUGAGUUUGCCCUCAUGAUGCUUUAAGCUUUGUUGCUUCGUCUUCUAUAGUUUUUGUUUGAUAUAUGGCUAUGUAAAUAAGGCUUUGCAAGCAAUAUCCAAAAACUUGUUUUAUAUAUUAUCAAAACAUCAUAGUUCAUUAAAAAAAAAAUUCAUCUUGUUUCAGUUUCAAUGUACAUGAAUCCUAUUUCAUUGUGUU